AUGAAGUUGAGAGAUCUAGCAACAGUAGUUCCUCAUUUUCACCAUCUUUCAAUACAGACACAAGAUCAGAAAGCACUCAGGGAAAGACCUCACAAAUGUAAUGAGUGUGGCAAAACCUUUCUUCAGGGAUCACACCUCAUUAGACAUCAGAUCAUCCACACAAGAGAGAAAUUACAUAAAUGUGAGGGAUCUCACCUCAUUAGACAUCAGAUCAUCCACACAAGAGAGAAAUUACAUAAAUGUGAGGUAUGUGGCAGAGUCUUUAGUCAUAAUUCAAAGUUCACAACCCAUCAGAGAAUUCAUACUGUGGAGCAGCCUUACAAAUGUAAUGAGUGUGGCAAAACUUAUAGCUCAUACCUCAGGAGACAUCAGAUCAUUCAUACAGGAAAAAGUGUAUAUAAAUGUGAUGUAUGUGGCAAACUCUUUAGCCAAAACUCACACCUUGCUGCUCAUCAGAGGGUUCAUACUGGAGAGAAACCGUAUCAGUGUAAUGACUGUGGCAAGGUUUUUAGUCAGUAUGGAACCCUUGAAAGUCUUCAGAGAGUUCAUACUGGAGAGAAACCUUAUGAAUGUGGUAAGGCCUUUAGUCAAAAACCAUAUCUUCAAGUUCAUUAGCGAAUACAUACUGGAGAGAAACCUUUCAAAUGUAAUGAGUGUGGCAAGUUCUUCAGUCUAAAAUCACACCUUACAAGGAACCCUUUAAGUUAUCAGAGAAUUCAUAGUGGAGAAAAACCUUACAAAUGUAAUGAAUGUGGUAAGGCCUUUCGACAAAAGUCACAUCUUCGAAUUCAUUGGAGAAUUCAUACUAGAGAGAAACCUUUCAAAUGUAAUGAAUGUGGCAAGUUCUUUAGUCGAAAUUCAUAUAAGUCAUCAGGGACCCUUUUAAGGCGUGAGAGAGUUCAUACUGGAGAGAAACCUUACAGAUGUGAUGAGUGUGGAAAGGCCUUUUGUCGAAAAUCACAUCUUCAACUUCAUUGGAGAAUACAUACUGGAGAGAAACCUUUCAAAUGUAAUGAGCGUGGCAAGCUUUUCAGUAGAAAUUCACACCUUACAAGUCAUCAAAAUACACACCUUAGAAUUCAUCAGACAGUGCAUAUUGUAGUGAAACCUUUCAAAUGUAAUGAAUGUGGCAAGGCCUUUUGUCAAAAAUCACACCUUCGAGCUCAUUGGAGAAUACAUACUGGAGAGAAACCACACAAAGCAAUAUGGUUUGCUAAGUCUCAUUUUUGA